GUUUGAACUGUGUGGAGCGCGAGAGAGAGAGGGAGAGAGAGGUCUUCGUCGUGAUGGAUAGCAUUCGUGUCGGUAUAAGAGUCCGUCCACUUUUGGACAGGGAGAAGGGUGGACUGAAAUGGGCGAUACAAGGAGAGAAUACCAUCGUACCGACCACACCGGGCAACGCGGGCUUCGAGUUCGACCAUGUGUUUGGAGAGGCGUCUACAACGGACCAGAUCUACAGGACAAUCACUAGACCAAUUGUCCACUCUGUGAUGCAGGGAUUCAAUGGCACUGUGUUUGCGUAUGGCCAGACAUCGAGUGGCAAGACAUUCACCAUGAUGGGUAUGGAGGACCAACCUGGAGUGAUACCACUGGCCAUACAGGAGAUAUUUGAAUACAUUGAGGACCAUGAUGAGCUAGAGUUCAUAGUGAGAGUGUCUUAUCUCGAGAUCUACAAGGAGGGUAUAUGUGACCUGCUAGACCCUUCAUUUACCGAUCUGAAGAUUAGAGAGGAUAAAGAUAACAACGUGAAAGUGCACGGUCUGAAGGAGUAUGUAGUGACCAAUAUAGAGGAAGUGACUAGAGUUAUCUUUGUCGGAAACAUCAACCGUACCACGGGGGAGACGAAGAUGAACGAACGCAGCAGUCGAUCCCACGCGGUGCUCAGCAUGGCCAUCGAGAGCAGACUCAAGGACGGGGACAGUACUGUCAAGGUUGCCUCACUGAACCUGGUGGACCUGGCGGGCUCGGAGAGACUCAAUGCCACUGGGGCCGCCGGGAAGAGAGCCCAGGAAGGAAUCGCCAUCAAUAAGAGUCUCUUUACCCUGAAACAAGUAAUCUCCAAAUUGGCCGAGGGGAACUCCAGUGUCCACAUUCCGUACCGGGACUCAAAACUGACCCAUAUCCUGAAGCCGUCUCUGGGAGGCAAUGCAAAGACAGCCAUCAUCUGUGCCGUCACACCUGCCGAGUUGUAUGAGACUGAACUCACCCUCAACUUUGCCAUCUGUGCGAUGAAGGUGAAGAACAGGCCAAUGGUGAAUGAAGUCCUCGGAGGGGAGGAGGCUCUGAAGAAGAAGCUGCUACAGCUGGAGAAGGAGAAUGGAGAACUUCGCAACAGACUCAGCAGUUCAGAGUCAUCACUGACAGAGGAGAACAGGAGAGAGUUGACAGAGCAGAUAGAGGAGAAGCAGAGCAGACAGUCGGAGCUAGAGGCCAGGAUACGAUCACUGGAGAACAUCAUCAUCAAAUCCUGCAAACCUCGGGAGCGAGAGACUGUGGACCAGCAGCAGGGGGUGAAGUACAACAGAAGGAUGACAAUAUGCCCGGCCUUGCUGGCUCGAGGAAUGGGCAGCCCCCUACUCAUCAAACCUAAUCCUCUCUCUCACAUCAAAUCUCGUCACUCCAUCACCCCUGUCGUCACCCCUGAUGUCAUCACACACAGGUCAGUGUCUCGUCUCAGACCGGGAGCAGGAAUGGGGUUCGCGACCCCUGCCUCCUCAGAGGAGGCGUGGCAGUCUGUCUUUGACUCCAGCGGCUUUGAGAGAGAGCUACAGCGACUGGAGCCUCCCGCUGCUGCUGCUGCUGGGGAGGGGUCUAGUGUGGCCUCGUUGGAGGGGGAAACCCCUGUUCCUCCGACCGUUAAUGUGAGAGAUCUUGAGAGGAGAAGAACAAUGUUCAGAUGUGCAACCUUUGUGAUGGACACACCGUCCAGCAACAUCUCGGUCUCCACUCCAGACCAGUCUGGAACAUGGACUGAGGAUGCAGAGCCACACCCACCUCCUGCCGUGGUGAGGAGUCCGCUGGUUGACGCUCAGACACAGACAGAGGAACAAGACGAGGUCCAGGAGGGGACUGACACGGCACUCACUGCGACAGGAGAAACAGUGGAGCCUAUGGACACAGUUGAGGCUGUCGCGUGUGCAGACGCAAUCAUACAAACAGAAGAUGUGGCUACAGAGGCUGUCCCUCUUACAGAUGCCGUGACACAGACUGAAGGUGGACCAAAGGACGGUGCAGUCGAGGUGUCCACCCAGACGGAUCUCAAACCACCUCAGUGUGAGGAGGAAGAAGAAGAAGAAGGGAGUGGUGGUCUCCACUUACCUCACCACCAUCCUCCUCCUCCUCCAGCAGACCUGGAUUCCAGUACCUGUCUCUGUAGCCAUCGCUGCACUCUCAGAACCAACCAUCACGAACAGCUGCAGUUCAAUCAGGAUGAGCUGAUGAUGAUACAAGAGGAGGCAGAAGAGAACAUGGUCGAUGCACAGUACACCAUCGAACAGACCAGACUAGAACUACAGGCGGAGAGAGAGAGGAGCCAGAGCCUGACUAGUCAGUUGGAGAAGACAACAUCACGACUCAAGGACCUGGAGAUGGCCAACUCUGCACAGGAAGAGUGCCUGACAAAGAUGUGCCGGGAUUCCAAGAUGGCCUCCAGUCAUCACGGAGAGUUGGAGGAGAGAUGUUCUCAGCUGGAGACGAAACUGGUGGAGGUGGAGAAGGAGAGAGCGGGAUGGAGGGAGGAGAGAGAAAGGUGGCAGAGAGAGAGGGAAGAGGAGAAGGAUAAAUUGAGCCACGAAGAGGAGGAAUGGAAAGAGGAGAAGGAGCGGUGGAGAGAGGAGAAAGAAGAGUUUGUCAGGGCGCAGGAGAAAUGGAGGAUGGAGGAGGAGGAGUGGAGGGAAGAAAGAGGGAAGUGGGAGAGGGAGAGGGAAGGGUGGAGGGAGGAGAAGGACAAGUGGGACAGGGAGAGACAGGGGUGGAGGGAGGAGAGGGAGAACUGGGUUGAGGAGCGUCAGAACUGGACGGAGGGAUGGAGAGAGGAGAGGGAGGAGAUGGCCAGGGAGAGGCAGGCCUGGGAGAGUGAGAAGGGACUCUGGGAGGUGGCAAAGACGAGGUGGGAGACCGAGAGAGAGGAGAUGGUGGCCGAGACCAGUGUCCUGAAGGAGCAGCUGCAGAGCCUUCAGUCAGAGCUGGAGAAACUGCCCUGUGCCAAGAGACACUGCCCCGAGCCUGCAGAUGAUGCCCAACUUACUGUUCUCAUGGACAAGCUGAUGGAUAUGGAGAGGGAGAGGGAGAGAGAGUCUGAACAGUUCCAGAUCUCCUAUCAGCAAAAGGUGCGAGAGCUGCAGAAGGCUCAGGAGACUGUCUGCUACCUCCAGGAGCAGCUGGACUGCCGCCCAGACCACACCCCCUCCCUCAGUGUCUGUGGCAGAACUGAGGAGAGCAGAGGAGGAGAUGAGGAGAAGUGAAAUGAAGAUGCAGGAGAGCCUGGCAAAGAACGCUGCUCUUGAGAAGGAGGUGGGAGAACUGAGAGGAAAAGUAGACACUCUCUACUCCAAAAUUGCUGACCUAGCCCAAGACAACUAUACCAAGAUGGCCGACAAGGAAGAUGAAUGGGAGGAGGAGAAAGAGAAACUCCUCACAGAGAUAAAGGGACUGGAAGACGAGAUUUCUAGACUCACUUCUCAAAUCUCUUGUCUUCAGGCCAAGGCCCAGUCAGAUACAGAGGUCAAGGAAGAAAUGAACAACGAGGCUCUUGAGGUGAAGGCAGUCUGCGAAAGAGCCCAAAGCAGAGCUGCAGAACUUCAGGCUGAGCUGGACGCCGCGAUGGAAAUGGAGAGGGAGAGGGAGAGAGAGUCUGAACAGUUCCAGAUCUCCUAUCAGGAGGUGAAGGCAGCCUGUCAAGGAGCUCAAAGCAGAGCUGCAGAACUUCAGGCUGAGCUGGACGCCGCGAUGGAUAUGGAGAGGGAGAGGGAGAGAGAGUCUGAACAGUUCCAGAUCUCAUAUCAGGAGGUGAAGGCAGCCUGUCAAGGAGCUCAAAGCAGAGCUGCAGAACUUCAGGCUGAGCUGGACGCCGCACAGGAGAGCCUGGCAAAGAACGCUGCUCUUGAGAAAGAGGUGGGAGAACUGAGAGGAAAAGUAGACACUCUCUACUCCAAAAUCGCUGACCUAGCCCAAGACAACUAUACCAAGAUGGCCGACAAGGAAGAUGAAUGGGAGGAGGAGAAAGAGAAACUCCUCACAAAGGCAAAGGGACUGGAAGACGAGGUUUCUAGACUCACUUCUCAAAUCUCUUGUCUUCAGGCCAAGGCCCAGUCAGAUACAGCCUGUGAAAGAGCCAAAAGCAGAGUUGCAGAACUUCAGGCUGAGUUGGACGCCGCACAGGAGAGCCUGGCAAAGAACGCUGCUCUUGAGAAGGAGGUGGGAGAACUGAGAGGAAAAGUAGACACUCUCUACUCCAAAAUCGCUGACCUAGCCCAAGACAACUAUUCCAAGAUGGCCGACAAGGAGGAUGAAUGGGAGGAGGAGAAAGAGAAACUCCUCACAAAGAUAAAGGGACUGGAAGACGAGGUUUCUAGACUCACUUCUCAAAUCUCUUGUCUUCAGGCCAAGUUGAAUCAGGCCCAGCAGCAACAGAGGCAGCCCGGUCCUUAUGAACUAGCCGAAGCUGCUGCAAAACUAAGAGAUCUCCAGAAGGAUAAUGCUAGUCUGAAGGCCCAGGUGAAGGCACACAUGACCUACCAACCCAGCCAGUCCUCUGCUGGGGCCAUCUGCUGCGACAGUGCCGGUACAGUCACAUCGGCCGCCGUCUACCACCUCAGAGGAGAGCUGGCCAAGACAAGGGAGGAGAAGGAGAAAUUGAUGGCCCGGGCUAAGAAACUCUUGGCCGCUGUGAAGGAGAGAGACGAGCUCCACGAUCUGGACCAGUUAGAGAUAGAGAGAUACAGAACUGAAAGGAACAUAUUCAGAGCGAAGUACAUUGACUUGAAGCAGAAAUGUGGCAAUAUCCUCCCAUGUCCGCCAGAGACUGCUGAGCCCACUCCCGUCUCCUCCCUACCUCCUCAUCAACAUGUCCCCCCGCCCUCUCUCCCUGAACCUGCUCCAACACAACCUCCAUCCUCCUAUCCCCUCCCCUCUUCAUCUCAACCAACCACCUCUUACUCUUCCUCUUCUCAACAAUCCGCCUUCAAGCCCUCUUCUAAUCCAUCCACCUCAGCCAACUUCUCUUCUAAACCAUCCACAUAUCAACCAUCUACUUCCAACCCCUUUUCUAAACUCCCCAUCUCCAACCUUUCUUCUAAACCACCCACCUCCAACCCCUUUUCUAAACUCCCCACCUCCAACCCUUCUUCUAAACUCCCCAUCUCCAACCCUUCUACUAAACCUUCAGUCAACCAACAGAGAGAAAACAUUCCCCUUGGACUCGGGGGGUUCAAAGAACAAGGGGGGCGAAGGCCCAGUAGGAAUGAGGGGGGCCGCUGGGGGACCAGUUGGAAUCAAGGAGGCACAAAGACCAGCUGUUCUCCAUUCUCCAAACCUGGAGGAGAGGCUAUGGGACACGUCAGUGAUACAGACUGGAGCUGUGCUUCCUCCAACUAGCUCCCACCCUCCCUCCUCGUCCUAUGACCUGAACAAGUGCCGUCAACAGUAAUACAUACGUAUCGUUCUCCGUUCCAUUAUACUACAUAGCAUACAGUCAUGCUGGACAUUGUAAGUGUGUGACAAGAAUUGUGUACUUUUCUUACUGGUGUGUGUUAUGACAUUGAUUUGCAUAUUCUGUUGCCUGGGUCACUGGGUGUGUACUCCAGUUUUUGUUGUCAAAAUACACCAUA